AUCACCGUUAAAAUUACUGAAAGAGGGUAAGGUCAGUCUCCUUGUCUGGCUACACUGUCGCCACGCAGCAGACCUCAGAAACAGCUGGACCACGAUCGAUUCCCUUCAAAGGCCGAAAAAUGACGCUCAGAAAGGCCUAGGGAUGCGCCUCUGCCCCUGCUAAGGAUGGAGGCGGGGGUGCCAGGACAGAGCCACAAGCUGCCGCCAGACCCACACCGAGACACCUCUCUUAAUAGCCGCGAGGAGCGCAUCCCCCCCAGCGAUCCCCUCGACUCCUCCACACACUCAAACUCCCUGGACUCGAGCGCGUUUGGCCUAGUGGUUGACGCCUGCACAGACUUCCAGAGCAGCAGCAGCGGGGACGGCAGCCACACCCCGACACCCCAGAAGUCCUACAGGCUCACCCCCACCCCCCUGAACGACACCCCUUCCUCCCCGCCCACCCUAACACCCACACCACACGGCAGCACCACAUCCCUCCCGCCCAGCCCCUCGAUAAACUCCAAAAGGCUUCUAUAUGGAUUUAUAGACACACACCUUGGGGCCAGCGAUGGGAGCUUAGUUAGUGGAGGUUUUGCUGGUGGUGGUGGUGGUGGUGGUGGUGUGGGGCGGUCAAGUUUGGCUCUGGCCGGAGUUCAUCGUUUUGGCAGUCGACUCCCCUGCGCCGGGUCACCCCACGACCUUGCUUCCUGCCCAGCCCCACCUCCCCCCACCCAUGUGUGCCCCCCCACCUACAGCCAGAAGGGGGAACACAAGUUUAGCGGCACUGAGGGCAAGGAGCAUCAUCAUCAGCAGCAGCAGCAGCAGCAAGGGUUAUCCAGUGUUGCCAACGGUAGUGAUGUCUUGAAAAUUCUCUCGGAAACCUCCACGUCCCUCGCCCUCACGGAAACACUGAUAGGACCCCUCAAGCUGCCGCACAUCCCCCCAGAAGUGCUGCAGAAGGUGCUGAGCAACAUGGAGAGCAGGGCAGCCACAGGGACCCCACUGCCUGCUCCAGGGAUCCAUGGGGCAGGCGGGGCCAGGGCGGGGCACGGAGGGAGAGGGGGCCCCAGACACUCAAGACAAAGCAAUGGAGGGGGAGAAGGGUGGGCAGUCAGUGACCCUGAGUCUGUGGGUGACGGGCCAAGGAUUGUCGUCCAUCAGGAGGGGGUCCUGAAGGGUGUUGAGUGCGGCGGUGGUGGUGAGCCUCGUGUGGUGGCGGUGGGCGGCCCUGGCGGUGGUGAGGAGGUGCGUGAGCUGCACCGCUACCCCCCGGCGGCCAUCACCACCGUAGUGGAGCGCCGGUCCUACCUCGGCCUGCACCAGGUGGGGACGGAGGAGCCCCGGCCCAGAAGGCGGCGGCCGCGCCGGCAACGCACCGCCUCCCAGACCUCUGUGGCCAGCGAGUCCUCGGCCUGCACCUCAGGCUCCAGCAUGGCCUCCCUGCUGGGCCACUCAGCCGCCCCCAGCAAGAGCUCCUCCAGGGGCAGCGGCAUCAGCGACAUCCCCGGUCCGCCCCGGCCGCUGCUGUCCUCGGCAGUGCGCCGGGCCAGACUGGCCCUGGAGGGCGGCGAGGGCCAGAGGGCGUCAGUGUCUCCGUGCCCCUCGGACUCGUCCUUGUCCAACCUGUCCACGCUGAGUGACCUGAGCGGCUACCAGGAGGAGUACCUCACCCUGCGCCGCCUGGUGAGUGACGCCACCUCCCCCGAGGACCACCACCACCACCUGGCCCGCCUGGCCGCCACCGCCGCUGCCACCACCCCUCCCAGGCAGCUGGGGCCGGGGCCGGAGGAGCUGCAGCGGGCGAUGCAGGAGGCGGCCGCCCACCGUGAGGACCUGGAGAUAGCUGUGCACCGGCUGUCUGUGCAGGUGCACAAUGCUGUCCGUGAGAAGGAGGUGCUGCAGCAGCAGCUGGAGCUGGUGCAGACCCAGGUGGCGGAGACUGGCCAGCGGCAGUGCUUUGAGGCCCAGCGGCAGCGCGCUGCUGUGGAGGGCCGCCUGGAGACUGUGCAGCAGGAGCUGGAGGCCGCCGUGCAGCAGCGCACCCAGAUGCAGGACCGCCUCUCAGCUGCUCUCGCUGAGGCCAGGGAGGCUCAGUCUGUUGCAGCACAGGCUGCCGAGGCUCAGGCCAUGGCCCUGGCCAGGCUGGAAAAGUAUGAGGCAGCUAACCGUGACCUGGAGGCGGAGGUGAAGGAGGCCACAGACAGGCUUGCCUGGGCCGAGGGUGAGAUGGCCAUGGCCAGGCAGCAGGCCGGGGAGCUGCAGGCCAAGUUUGAGGCCAAGACGCUGGCCCUGGAGCAGGCCAAGGAGGCCGAGGCAGCCCUAAGGCAGCAGGCACAGGAGGCAGCAGGCCGCCUGUCCCACCUGGAGGCCCAGCAGAUAUCCAUGGAGAAGGCCAAGGGCCAGGCAGAGGCGGCUGCUGCCAGGGCUGCGGUGGAGGCCAGAGCAGCCACAGCAGAAGCCGCCAGGCAGCAGGAGCAGCUGCAGCGGGCAGAGGAGGCACGUGUGGCCCUGCAGCGGGAGGUGUUGGAGGCCAGGUCGGCCCUGGCCAGGAUGCAGGCUGAGAAGGAGGCGGCGGAGAGCAGGGUGGAGAGCCUGGCCAGCGAGGUGGAGGAGGGCCGGGCCAGGGCGGUACGGGAGAAGAGCCUGCUGGUGAGCCACCUGGAGGCCCUGCAGGCUGACAUGGCCGAGCGUGAGGCCCUGCUGGCCAGGGUGCAGCAGGACCAGUCAGCGGGCAGCCAGCUGGCCCAGGAGCGGCAGCAGCGCCUGGAGGAGGACCGCCAGCGCAUGCAGCGGCUGCGCCUGGACCUGGCCGAGGCCGAGCGGCGGCUGGCCGAUGCUCGGGAGGAUCUGCAGCAGCGCGGGACACUGCUGGGCCGCCGUGAGGCCCAGCUGAAGGAGGCCAAGGGAGAGGCAGCGGUGGUGCAGGAGGAGCUGAGGGAGCGGGACGGCCGCAUCGACGCCCUGGAGCAGCGGGUGAAGGAGGCGGACAAGGCUGCCGCAGCCCUCAGGCAGGAGCUGGCGGCUGGCCAGACCACCAUGGCGGGCCUGCAGGAGGACAACAGCAGGCUGGCGGCAGCCCUGGAGGCGGCCGGCCACGAGAAGGCCGAGGUGGACGCCGCCAUCCUGAAGGUGCGGGAGGACAUGAGCCGCCUCACCUCCACCGUGUACCGAAUGCGCCACGACCUGGCCGCCAAGGACCGCUGCAUAGACCAGGCGGCCAGGGAGGCCGAGGAGGCCAUGCGGGCCAAGGCGGCCUUGGAGGAGAGGCUGGCAGCCCUGCAGGACCAGGCGCACCACGAGGAGGAGAAGGCCGGGCUGAGGGGCCAGCUGGAGGGGCUGAGGGAGGAGCUGCGGGCGGCCAAGGAGGCACACGCCGUCCUGGACGCCCAGCUGGCUGCGGCCCAGGCCUCCUGCAGGUCCCUGGAGGCCGAGAAGAAGACGCUGGUGGAGACGAGCCGCCUGCAGGAGCAGCAGAUCCAGAACCUGGAGGGGGGCGCCGAGAGCUGCCGGGAGGUGAUCCUGAAGAAGGAGGAGGAGCUGCACCGGGCCAGGGAGCAGCACACCAGCCUGGAGGGAGAGUACCAGGCCCUGCGCACCAACUGGGAGGCCCUCAAGGGGGAGAACCUGUCCCUGCGGCAGGAGGCGGAGGCCUUCGCCGAGCACGAGGCGGCCCAGCGGCGGGAGCAGGGCGACCUCAAGGACAGCAUUCAGAAGGAGCGCAAACUGAAGCAGAGCAUGGAGGCCAAGGUGGAGGCCCUGGCCAGGGACCACCGGGCACAGCUGGAGGAGGCCCAGAAGACCCACCAAGACCUGCUGGCCCGCCUGGACCAGGCCCAGCAGGAGGCCGGGCACAGCAGGGAGGAGGCUGUGCAGAGGUUGGGCCAGCUGGAGGAGGAGCUGAGGGCUGCUGUGAGGGAGAAGGAGGGGCUGCAGGUGGCCCUGCAGGACUUGAAGAAGGUUGCUGAGGCACAGCUGACCAGCCUUGAGGGACAGACCCUGGCUACCCAGACCCUGGAGGCAAGGAUAGAGGCUCUGGAGGAGGAGAAGGAGGGCCUGAGGGCAGCCCUCAGCUCCAAGGCAGGGCAGCUGUCAGGCCUGGCAGGGCAGCACAGGCAGCAGGAGGCAGCAGCGGAAAGGCUGGCCAAGGAGAAGGAGCGCCUGGCCACACAGCUGAAGGCCGCCCUGGACGAGAACACCCUCCUCAAGAAGGCACAGAAGGCGGCAGACUCCCUGGCCAUCAACAACAACAACAACAAUAAUAACAUCAAUGCUGGUGGGAGGAAGGCACCCAAGAGCCUGGAGAUCCUGCAGAAAGAAGUGUCAACACUCUCCCAGAGGCUGGAGGAGUCAGGCAGGCAGAGGGAGGCCAUGCAGGGGGCCCUCAAGGCUGCCAGGAAGGAGAACAUCCUCUCCAGGGCCCGAGGGAAGGAGCUGGAGACCCUGAAGAGGCGGUGUGCCCAGCUGGAGACAAGCGUCAACCAGCAAAGAAAAGCUGACGGCCUGGCAGCCAAGUGUGGCCAGCUGGAGGCACAGCUGGAGGCCAGGCAGCAGGAGAACAGCUCCCUCACUGCCUGCCUCAAGGAGAGACAGACCAGCCUGGAGCAGGAACAGGAACACAAUGCAUCUCUCACUGCUGCCUUAAGGGAGAAAGAUGCGACCCUCAGCCUCCUCCAGAACACAGCACGCAGGGAGGAGGAGCUGCAGGGGAGGGUGGCGGCCCUUGACGCAUCACUGCAGGAGGCUCACCAGACCACAUCAGCCCUCCAGGAAAGACUUCAGGCUUCCGAGGAGGAGCGUAGCAUGUGGGCGGCCAAAUAUGAGAGCCUGAGGGACAGCAUUCCUGAGAGGGACGUCAGCACCCAGCCUGCCGUCCAGCUGCUACCGCUCCCCCACCAGCAGGCCUUCAUCACCACACAGGAGGCCAGGCAGUACUCCAGUGCUCCCUUGGCCUACCCUCUCAGCCCCCAGGAGUCUUUAUCAUACCCCAGCUGUACCCAGGAAGCUGUACCGUACCCCAGAACCACCCCAGAGUACCCACCACACCCCAACUCUACCUGCAAUGCCCUCACUCAACCCAGCAGCAGCCACAAGCCUCAAAUGAGUUCCAGCAAUGCCCAGAAAGUUAACCAGGAUCAUAGAGCAAGUGUUACCACCACUCAGGAGACUCACACUCACUCUAGUAGCACCCAGAAGUCCCCAGGCUACCCAACGACUGCCCUGGAGACUCAAGCACACUCCAGCAAUGUCCAGGAACACAUACCCAGGCCUAACACAGCCUUGACUUCCUCUAAGAGUACCCAGAGUGAGGUGGCAGGUCCCUCACAUAUCACCCAAACCAAGGGACCUCAGACCACCACGAAGCACCCAGAGAGGACCAGUGCCACAGAGAAACAGGGGAUGGAGGAGGUGCCUAGAGAGCAGGGUGAUGGCACUGAGGAAACAGAUCCGAACCUACAGAACCAGAACGUUUCCUCCACCAAAACCCAAGGAAACCAGGGGAGUCAGGAGGACAAAACGGAGAGUGGGGUCAGCGAUAGAGAGAAUCAGACCCCAGACAAGAAGGAUCUGAAGAGCGAAAUGCAGAAAAUCACUAGUUUGGAGCGUUUAGUGAGUCUGAGGGAGAACGAACUGCAGGAGGAGAAGGAGAAAGCGGCGACGGCGACCAACGAAUUCCGAGAGAAACAGCGACGUUACGAAUCAAAUGUGCGACUGUUGACGAGGAAAUUGAAGGAACACAUGAAGGGGAGGAAGGCGGCGGAGAAGGAGGUGACGAAUCAGGCGGAGGAGAGCCAGAGGAUGCUGAACGACGAACGGCAGAGAUACGAGACGCUGAGAGCCAGGUGCCUGGAGUUGGAGGGUGUGAGGGAGGGGCUGGAGGGGCAGGUGAAGGCUGUGGAGGGGGAGGUGACGGACGUAAGGGCUGCUCUGUCGCAUUCCCAGGAGGAGUGUCGCACCCACCACUCCUCCAUCCUGCGCCUGCAAAGGGAGGUCGGCAGGCUGCAAGAAAUCUGCAAGGCUGCCGAUGGUUUACGAGCAGCAGUGUCCGGCCUGGAGGGGAAGCUGGAGGAGAGGGAGAAGCAUUAUUCAGCCUUGGAGCGAGACCUUGAGGCAGCGAAGGAGGAGGCCAAGGGGAGGAGAGAGCAGUGUGCCUCCCUUUCCUCCACACUUGAGCAGCUGAAGGGAGAGAAGGAGAAGCUGGAGAGAGAGCUCAGUGACGUCUCAGGGAAACUUCACAACACUGAGCAGAACCUAAAAACACAGCAAGAAGCGAACAAGUGUCUCGAGGAUGACGCCACUCGGUUCAAGGGGGAGAGAGACGACCUGACCCAGCGCUUGAGUGUGUCCAGCGCCAAGGGUGACCAGCUGGCCCUUGAGGUGCGCCGCCUGGAGGAGCAGAGGCAGGGUGAGGCGGGCCAGCUGGAGGCAAGGACGAGGCAGCUGGAGGAGGCACAGAAGAAGGUGUCCGCCCUGGAGCAUCAGUUGAAGAUGCUUCAUGGAGACCUGGAGGUGCGCCGGGAAGAGGUGAGGCAGGCGAGGGAGCAGCAGGCGGCCCGGGAGAGGUGUCACGGUGAGAGGGUCGCCCAGCUGGAGGAACGUCUUGGAGUAGCACGUCGGGAGGCUGAGUCCCUUGUGUCGCAGCUAAGCCAGGCCAAGCAGGAGAGAGUCAGCUACCAGGGCCAGGCCACGGAGCUCAGGACGGCACUUCACACGGCACUGGCACAGCUUAAGAGCCACGAGUCAGAGAGGGAGGCAAGGGCAGCACAGGCACAGACCCUGACCUCCGAGGUGGACGUCAUCCCCUCCCCACGGCCCCUCGACAUCGCCAGCCUCACACAGCUCAUUGAGAAGACCUCCCUCACCCCCCAGCCCACCCCUCCGCCCCUCACCAGCCUGGAGUCCUGCCUUUCCUCGCUGAAGGCAGAGGUACAGCAGCUGCAGUCGCGCCUUAAGGACUCUGGCCCACAGGAAGGAGAUCUGAAGGGGCUUACUGUGGAGGGCAGAGGAACCCCAAAUGGAUCUGCCGCACCAGUGACAGCAAUUUAUGAGGACACUGGCAACAACAGCAGCAGCGCCAACAACAGCAGCAGCGGCAAGAUGUAACAGGUAUUAUGACAGUCAAGUGGUGGCAGAGCUGUGUUGCCUUGCCAUGACACUGUGAGCACCAACCCCCAGAGCAGCUCCAGGCACACACACACACAUCAUGUCUUUCCCACACCUCAGAGACUACUGUUAACCUCCCCAUGACUCUGUUGAUUCACUUUAAGGUCAGUGAGACUUGCAAGCAAUGUACAGGUCCAUCACUCAAUGACUUCUUCUUCAUUUUAAGGACAGAGCUUAAAA